CUUAACUUUUUAUAUUUGAAAAUGAUUUUAAGUGGGAGAUACAUAGAUCUAUAUCUGUCUUGUUUUCUGUUUUGAAAGAGAUUAAAAUUAUUUUAAAAGUAUGGCAAACAAUGGUCAUGGUGGCCGAAGCCAAAAUGCCGACUGGAUGUCGAGGUUGCCUGAAAGUUUGCUCAACAUUUCUCUCACUGGACUUGCAAUACCUGGCACUCACAACUCUGGCUCUUAUUUUCUCAACACCAAAAAGCCACUGUCACCAGAUUUUGACUACAGUGUAGUUCAGUUUUUGGCAAAGGUUCCUCUAGUAAGAAAUAUUAUUAAAAAAGUGAUACAGAGAUGGUCUGUGUGCCAGUUGAUGAAUUUCAGCUCUCAACUUGAAUAUGGUAUACGUUACUUUGAUAUUAGGCUGGCUACAAUGGCAGAUUCAGAAGAUUUUUAUAUUGUUCAUGGCUUAUAUGGACCAACAGUCAUGGAUCUGAUUGAUUCUGUUAAAAUGUUUUUGCUAGCAAAUCCACGAGAAAUCGUCCUGCUAGAUUUUAACCACUUUUACAAAUUUACUGAGCGACAUCAUGACCAGUUAGUGGAACUACUGGUGUCCUCUUUUGCCUCCCUCUUAUGUCCUAGAGGUGAAAUUAGUCAUAUUACACUAAGGAACAUGUGGCAGCACAAAUAUCAAGUAAUUAUAUUCUACAACAAAGAAGUAAAAAAUCAAAAGAUUUUCACAAGUAAUAGCAUUAUCUCCCCUUGGCCAAAUACAACCAGUAAAACAGAAGCCAUCAAGUUUCUCAACAAAUCUUUUUCUGUUGGUUACAUUGAAAAAGUUGUUGUAUGUCAAGGAAUCUUGACCCCCCAGACCCUGACCAUUGUGAAGUGUCCGUGGGGCAGCUUGAAGAACUGGAUCAGCUCCUGGUCGGCUGUGUUUCAGGAAUGGGUGGAGAACUCUAGCCAAGUUUGUCUCAUGCCCCUCAAUGUUGUCAUGGCUGACUUUUGUGAGAGCAAUCAAGUUGUGGAGAAGGUCAUUGAACUCAAUUAUAAAAGAUCAAACAAACUGUGAUAUUAGAUCUGUUAUUUAUAUGUACACAUUCUUGUGAGAACGAUUUUUCAAAUAUUAAUGUAUGUCAAUCUAGAAGAAAACAAUUUUUUUCUAAUUUUGUAUAUUAGGUUGUAAAUAAUAUAAUUCAUUUUACCAUUGCUAAAGCCUGUGGA